UCGCCUCCACCCCCCCAAUUUCCUCCUCCUCGCCCCUCAUUUCCACCCUCCUCCCCCUCCCCCGGCCACUUCGCUAACUUGUGGCUGUUGUGAUGCGUAUUCCCGUAGAUCCGAGCACCAGCCGGCGCUUCAGCCCCCCCUCCAGCAGCCUGCAGCCCGGCAAGAUGAGCGACGUGAGCCCCGUGGUGGCUGCGCAGCAGCAGCAGCAGCAGCAGCAACAGCAGCAGCAGCAGCAACAGCAGCAGCAGCAACAGCAGCAGCAGCAGCAGCAGGAGGCGGCGGCGGCGGCGGCGGCGGCGGCAGCGGCGGCAGCGGCGGCGGCGGCGGCUGUGCCUCGGUUGCGACCGCCCCACGACAACCGCACCAUGGUGGAGAUCAUCGCAGACCACCCGGCCGAGCUCGUCCGUACCGACAGCCCCAACUUCCUGUGCUCCGUGCUGCCCUCGCACUGGCGCUGCAAUAAGACCCUGCCGGUGGCCUUCAAGGUGGUAGCCCUUGGAGAGGUACCAGAUGGGACUGUGGUUACUGUCAUGGCGGGUAACGAUGAAAAUUAUUCUGCUGAGCUCCGAAAUGCCUCUGCUGUGAUGAAAAACCAAGUAGCAAGGUUCAACGACCUGAGAUUUGUGGGCCGGAGUGGACGAGGCAAGAGUUUCACCUUGACCAUAACUGUCUUCACAAAUCCUCCGCAAGUAGCCACCUAUCACAGAGCUAUUAAAGUUACAGUGGAUGGACCCCGAGAACCCCGAAGGCACAGACAGAAGCUUGAUGACUCUAAACCUAGUUUGUUCUCUGACCGCCUCAGUGAUUUAGGGCGCAUUCCUCAUCCCAGUAUGAGAGUAGGUGUCCCGCCUCAGAACUCACGGCCCUCCCUGAACUCUGCACCAAGUCCUUUUAAUCCACAAGGACAGAGUCAGAUUACAGAUCCCAGGCAGGCACAGUCUUCACCGCCGUGGUCCUAUGACCAGUCUUACCCCUCCUACCUGAGCCAGAUGACAUCCCCAUCCAUUCACUCCACCACCCCACUGUCCUCCACACGGGGCACUGGGCUUCCUGCCAUCACCGACGUGCCCAGGCGCAUUUCAGAUGAUGACACUGCCACCUCUGACUUCUGCCUCUGGCCUUCCACUCUCAGUAAGAAAAGCCAGGCAGGUGCUUCAGAACUGGGCCCUUUUUCAGACCCCAGGCAGUUCCCCAGCAUUUCAUCCCUCACUGAGAGCCGCUUCUCCAACCCACGAAUGCACUAUCCAGCCACCUUUACUUACACCCCGCCAGUCACCUCAGGCAUGUCCCUCGGUAUGUCCGCCACCACUCACUACCACACCUACCUGCCACCACCCUACCCCGGCUCUUCCCAAAGCCAGAGUGGACCCUUCCAGACCAGCAGCACUCCAUAUCUCUACUAUGGCACUUCGUCAGGAUCCUAUCAGUUCCCCAUGGUGCCGGGGGGAGACCGGUCUCCAUCCAGAAUGCUUCCGCCAUGCACCACCACCUCGAAUGGCAGCACGCUAUUAAAUCCAAAUUUACCUAACCAGAAUGAUGGUGUUGACGCUGAUGGAAGCCACAGCAGUUCCCCAACUGUUUUGAAUUCUAGUGGCAGAAUGGAUGAAUCUGUUUGGCGACCAUACUGAAUUCCUCAGCUGUGCCCCAGCGGUAUCUGGGAACCACGUCCCAAAAGUAUCGAUAUAUACAUAUAUAGAGAGGGUGCAUAUAUAUGUAUAUUGAUUAGCUUUCUACAAAGUGCCUCUUUUUUUAGAUUUUUCAGUUCACUCAGUGGUGGUCUUGCAACCAUAAGAGGGUAGAGAUAUUCAGAAGCCAAAGGCCCGAGAGAGACAAUCAGACCAUCAGGUUUAAGAUGGUUUUCUGUUUAAAAUGUGUUUUCCAAGCCAAGGAAAAAGGUAUUUGUGUUGUUGUUGUUGCUGUUGUUGCCUGCUAUCACAAAUAACCUGUUCAUAUGCCAAUUCAGCGAGGUGGACUCCAGGUUCAGGAGGAAGAAAAGCAAAACCACUUCCUCUCUGUGCUUUGAAGCCACACUCCUUCAUGGUUGCAGCUGUGUAAGGACCAGUGCACCCGCAGACCAGCUUACAAAGCCAGGGGAGGUGCACGCAAAGGGACCCAAGGUAGAAGGAUGCUUCCAUGACACCAUGAUCCAUUCACAGUCACUGUUCCAAAUGUGCUUUCAGACUUGCUGCAGGUACUCACUGGAACUGUUUAGUUCAGUUGGGUUUUAUUUUUUUCCCCUUCUACAUCAAAGAAAGUUGAUUUCAAAAAAUACUGAUCAGGAUAGAUUCUUUUAUUUUACUUUUUAUUCAUUUUUUCCCUUUCCCAUCUUACCAAAAAGGAAUCCCAUUCUGAACCUCCCCACCCUAAUCUCUUAUGCAAACUGAAAAUAGCAAUACCGAAUUAUAGCCAUAAUGGUAUAUAGAUAGUGUUUGCGUUUGGCUGUGUGUUAUUUGUUUUCUUUUUUUAAAUUAUGAAUAUGUAUAAAAUUUGAGGUAACUUGCUAACGUGAAUGGUCAUAUAACUUUAAAGAUAUAUUUAUAAUUAUUUAAGGACAUUUGGACCCUUGAAACAUUUCUUAGUGUAUUGAUAUGUUGACUUCGGUCUCUAAAAAUGCUCUUUAUUAAGUAACAAAUUUUUUUCAGUGGGCUAGAGCCAUCUCUGAAAUAUUGCUAAGCAAUUUCAUUGCUGGAUUCAGCAAUCCAGGCACAAUGUGAUCUUUCAAAAUACUUCCAUCUCCAAAUAUUUAGAUGUAGCUUGUUUUUGUGAUGUAUGAAGGAAAUGUUAUGUUUAGUUCUUUUCAGAUCUUUGCCUUUAACACAGCUUUGCCUUUUAAAGCAAUAAUUAAGGAUUUAAAAAGCAACUUCACCCGUUAUCAUUUUAUGUUGCCCUUUAUCAGCAUGAGAUGCUGAAGUGAGGUGGUUUCCUAAUUUCUCUCAAAUGAUAAUGAAUCUUGUCAUGUUGAAAAGACAGCGCGAGUGAACUUUAGAAAAAUGUACGUGUGUUUCACAGUUAGAGCUAAAUCAUUGGGUUUCACAGGGAAGUCCUCAUCGGCUGAAAGCCACACACAUGGUUGAGGAACCAAUCUUGAUAUACACAGUGCAGGAGGCAAAAUUGCACCAGGGAUCCUUAACCAGUCUGCCUUGGCAAACAGAACGCCUAGAGAACAUACAUCUGUCUGACCCCAACCCCACUAGCAGCUAGUUCUCCACGGAAUUUGCAUUUAAAGCAGCAGAAAUAAAUCAUUGUCUUCUGGGAGCAGGUCAUUGGAAAUAGCUAUCAAGUUCCAGCCCAGCACGGAAAUUAGAGCCUGUGAGGACCUAGAAAAUAGGACUUUGGAUGUUUUUAUUUCUCACAAUAGAGAGGAAAGGGAAGACAAACGUUAGGUGCAGCCCGGUAUCUCCAAUUGUGUAUAAAUUUGAGCUAACACCCUCCUGUAGGAUGAUGCACUUUGACCACUCCUGACGGCCACAUGGCUAGUUCUCAAGUGUGAAAAUGGAAUCCAAACCAGAUCACUGAAUGACACCACCUGGUAAAACCCUGGCCUCUUCAUGGGAAUCCCAGGCCUUGCCCCUUGUUCCCUAAGCAGGACUUUGUAGGAUUGUCUCCAGGUCCAGAGGUUUCUUGCUUCUCUAGGGCCCUUCACAGACCACCAUCACCCCGCAUUACAGCUAAACUUGGGGGGUAGGUAGUGCGACCUCUGCUUCUUGCCCGGGAGUCUCCCUUGGAAUUCACCCUAAUAAAAAUUGAGGGGAAACCAAACAAAACAUUUUGCCUUCUAAAGGUUGUAUACCAAGUAUGCUUAGAUAAAUAAGCCACUUUUCUAUUCCUUAAGUAAAAUGGAAGUAGUAAUUCAUGCUAUUUAUUGUUUGUGUGUGGUAGCUUGAAGCACGCCACUGUCCAUUUAUUUGUAAGUGUAAAAUGUGUGUUUUUGUUUCAGCAGCACUUAAAAAAGCCAGUGUCUGGUUACACAUUUCAAUUUUUAAUUAAUUGACAUGAAAAUGUUACAGUCAGUGCCAGCUGUAUCCUAUUUAAUAAAAAGGUACUCUAUUUGUACAUUAUUUUUUAAUGUUAAAGGGCUUUUUUAAGUUUACAAUACACGAUUCGAUACUAAAUGACUGUAGGGAUGCUUUUGUGUUGAAAUGUUAUUAUAGCGGCUGCAGGCAGCAACCCAAAAACACUUUAAAAGUUUUUUUUUCUGUCCUUGGGAAAACUUUAAGCACCUCUUCCUUCCACCCUUAAUUCAACCACCCCAGUGGGGGUAAUUUAGGUUUCUCAAGUCAAAUUCUGCCCUUUUUUGGCCCUGGGGUUAAAUUUUCUUUUGAUUUUUUUUAAAAAACAUAAUCCUUAAUUUACACUGGGUCAUGUGUAUGUUGUGAUUUCAAGACCAAAGCGACACCAUAUUAGUUCUACAGAGCCGUGCACUAGCCAACUCACUAUUGCCUUCACGUCCAAAUGGCUUGUUUUAUUAUGUAGCACAAAUAUUGCUGAGUUUACAGUAUGACAAUGCCACCAUUUCCCCCCCUCUUUUUUUUUUUUACUUUUUGGGUUAUACCCGCCAUUGCACAGGGGUUACUCCUGGCACAAAUUCUGCUUUGUGCCACAAGUCCUGCACUCAGGAAUUAAUCCUGUCAGUGCUCGGUGGACCAUAUAGAAUGCUGGGAAUCGAACCUGGGUUAGCCGCAUGCAAGGCAAACGCCCUACCCACUGUGCUAUCACUCCAGCCCCAUUCCCUCUUUUUUUUUUUUCUUAAUCUAUUUCAGUUGUCUCCAAAAUCUUAUCUGGGCUCUACCAGAGUCCCAGAACAGGUAACACUGCUUUGGCCCAGAACUGAGACUCACAGAUGAGCUAUGUCCCCCUCUUUCUGUCUUCCUCCACCAAAGCCCUUUAAACAGGAGCAAAGAAAUUCACAGGGUUUAAAUUCAAGCUUUGUAACCUCAAAGGGGAGAUGUGUGUGCUGGCCUAAAGAACUCCUUCCAUUCCCAGGAAAGGAACUGAUUCAGACUCUAGGUUAAUACAUGGAAACACAAAGCAUUAUAAAAAUAAUAAUUCUGUCUACAAUAUUUUAAAGGACAAUAAUAAGUAACAGACGGUUCUUCCAAGCCUUGGAUUUGUUGUUCUUAAAAAUCAUGAUGCAUUUAAGAGAUAUUUUCUAUGUGAGAAAUUUUAGAUGUUUGUUUACUUCAUGUUUACAAAUAACUGUUUGCUUUUUAAUGCAGUACUUCGAAAUAUAUCAGCCAAAACCAUAACUUACAGUAAUUUCUUAGGUAUUCUGAAUAAAAUUCCAUUUUUUGGAUAUGCUUUACCAUUCUUAGAUUUCUGUGGAACAAAAAAUAUUUGUAGCAUUUUGUGUAAAUACAAGCUUUUCAUUUUUAUUUUUUCCAAUUGCUGUUGCCCAAGAUUUGCUUUCCAUGCACAUAUUGUACAAAUUCUGCUUUGUGCCACAAGUCAUGAUUGUGGAUGAGUUUACUCUUAACUUCAAAGGGACUAUUUGUAUUGUAUGUUGCAAUUGUAAAUUGAAUUAUUUGGCAUUUUUCUCAUGAUUGUAAUAUUAAUUUGAAGUUUGGAUUGAAUUUUCAAUAAAAUGGCUUUUUUGGUUUUGU